AUGCAGGGAGCCAGGCGGGACAGCUGCGUGGUGUGCGCCCAGGGCAACGCCGCCGCCAAGUACCGGUGUCCGCGCUGCCGGGCGAGAUAUUGUUCGGUGGCCUGCUGUAAGAAGCACAAAGGCAGUUCUUGGACGGUGGAGGAUAUUUUGACAGAAGAGGAGGAAGGCGACCAAGUGCCUCUGCAGAAACUCCAGCUCCUCAGAGAAUCUGAAGAGCUGAAAGGCAUUCUCCUCAACCCACACCUCCGGCAGCAGCUGCUCACCGUAGACCAAGCAGAGGACAAGAGCUCCCUCCUGAGGAAGUACAUGCAGGAGCCGUUGUUUGUGGAGUUUGCGGACUGCUGCCUUCGAGUCCUUGAGCCACCUGAGGAGGAGGAGGUGGACUUGCAGGGUGAAACUGCUCUUAGGAAUGAGUAG